CUGGGGCAGGUGCUAGGCAUCAACGAAGGAUGCCUCUAGCAGCGGUUUUUGCUCAACCUACUCGUGCUCCGUGUGGGGGAAGAGUCCGGGCUCAGCUCUGAGGUCACAGCAGAACCGGGUGGAGUCCAGGGUUCGGCGGAGCAUCCGAGGGAGCAGGGCUUGAAUCAAUUAACUGUAACCAAGGUGUGGGGAAAACGACGAAGUCAUGGAGAAUUUGCCCCAGGAGACAGGGGAGCGUUACCUAAGAUCUGGAGUGGGCAGCAGUUCGUGUAGUGUGGAACAAGAGGAGGAAACACCACCACAGUGUGAGGGAAGGGUUCAUGUGAAAAAGGACCUUACGUCCCCGUUCUACCAUGGCAUGGCCCAGAGUUGCUAGUCUGCGUGCCUCGAUGAAGAUCUAGUCUCUUAGAGCUUGUUUCUCCUCCCCCAGCGUUGUCAUCUCAGCAUUCUGCCUUCCCCGUAAAGAGGAAGAUAAACCAAGUCCCAGGACAUUCCUUGCCCAAUCCAGAGUUGUGCCAUGGCAGAGACUGGUGAAGAGGAGAAGGUGUCAGCAGAGGCCUUGGGGUUCUCAGACCUGAGUGACUCAGAGUUCCUGGACCUGGAAGAUGCCCAAGGGUUAGAUGCUUCACUUAGCAAGCCUGGCCCUUCUUGUGAACUCUCUGGGAACGAUGGAAAGCCCAGAAGCUUACAGAAGUGGAAAAGAGGAUUGGAUGUCUCAUCACCCAUGGAGCGAUUCCAUUUUAAAUACUUGUGUGUCACUGACCUGUCUACUCAGAACUGGUGUGAACAGCAAAUGGUAUAUGGAAAGGAGUUUCCUGGCUUCUUGACACCUGAGAAGGCAGCUCUUUUGGACACUGGUGCUAGCAUCCACCUAGCUAGAGAACUAGAAGUUCAUGAUCUUGUGACUAUUCCCAUCACCACCAAAGAAGAUGCUUGGGCAAUAAAGUUUCUGAACAUACUAUCAAUGAUUCCUACGCUGCAGUCAGAGGGGCACAUCAGAGAGUUUCCAGUGUUUGGAGAAGUAGAGGGUGUGCUUCUUGUUGGGGUGAUUGAUGAGCUACACUAUACAGCUAAGGGGGAACUGGAACUGGCUGAACUCAAGACACGGAGGCAUCCCAUGCUUCCUGUGGAAGCUCAGAAAAGGAAAGACUAUUUUCAAGUCAAUCUAUACAAAUAUAUCUUUGAUGCCAUGGUACAAGGGAAAGUGACCCCUGCUAGCCUAAUCCACCAUACAAAAUUGUGUCCCGAAAAGCCACUGGGGCCCUCAGUGCUGAGGCAUGCCCAGCAGGGAGGCUUCUGUGUGAAGUCCUUAGGUGACCUCAUGGAGCUGGUAUUUUUAGCUCUAACAUUGUCUGACCUCCCAGUCAUUGAUAUCCUAAAAAUUGAAUAUAUCCACCAAGACACUGCCACUGUGCUGGGUACAGAGAUUGUUGCCUUUGAAGAGAAGGAGAUGAAAGGCAAGGUGCAGCACUAUAUGGCCUACUGGAUGGGCCACCGAGAACCUCAAGGGGUUGAUGUGGAGGAGGCUUGGAAGUGCCGCACAUGCAACUAUGUAGACAUCUGUGAGUGGAGGAAGGGUGGUUGGGUGCCCACCUCCACACUGGAGCCCAAAACCAAAAAAAAGAAAUGAACAGGAGAUAUGCCUUGAGGAACUUUGAUCCUGUUCCUGAUGUAUUCAGCAGAGUAAAAGGGUCCGUGUCUGAGCUUGGCUUUCAUGAACAGUGUUCUUAUUUUGGUUAUUUUCCUAUUUCCUCAACCUAAAAUCGUACUCAAAUCUAGGACCAAGGCUCAGGGAUGAGUGGGAGAGAUCUGCCUGAUACUUUGCUGUGGAUUGCCAAGAAGACAGAUAUUCAUCAUGGCUAGAACAAAAGUAUCCUUCAGCAAAUACUGCUUUCCUGAAAAAAUUAUCUAAUAAUUCCUUUCCCUGUUUUUCCUCAUCAAGGUUUUCUAUAUUUUAUAUAAUAAAAUGAAAUGAUGUCCACGGCAGUUGAACUGAUGUUUUUCCAUAGUCUCAACCCUUCAGAAAUGACCACUGUAAAGAGUCGUGUGUAUAUUAUCCAACCUUUAAAUACGUUUGUUGUUGUUCAUUGUUGUUGAGUCGGCUCCGACUCAUGGCGACUUCUGAAGCAGAAUUAGUGUAAUGGGUAGAACAAGAAUUUAAAAUAAAUAUAAUAAGUGUUCUCAAAGAGAAGCAAAACUGAAGCAGGAACAGGAAAUCAAAGUAAAAAGAUAUGAAAAAUAUAAUACGUGAAUGUAAGUAGCAUGUAAAGUUGAACAUCUACAUGCUGUACAAUCCAGCAAUACCACUCUUAGGUGUAUACUCGGAGAGACUUUUAUAUGUACAGUAAGAAAUAUAGGCAAGAAUAUACAUUAUAACACUUUCACAAUAGCAAAAACCUAGGAACUACUCAGGUGUCAUCAGAAGAAUGAAUGAUGUGGUACAACAGCCAAAACAAAUUAGCUACAAUGACACAACUAUAUGGGUGAAUCUUAGCAAUACAAUAUUAAGUGAAAAAAAUCAUUUCCAAAAGAUUAUAUACAGCGUGAUGCCCUUUUUAUAAAGUGAAAAAAACAUUUUAAGGAAAGUGUAAAAGUAGUGGAGAGAAAUCUCAAUGCAUCUUAGAAGGCAGUGAAGCCCUUAGCUGCAGACACCACCAUAGCGGCCAGAGGAAAGAAUGAUAGGAACACCACCUGGAAGGUAAGGACUUGGUCUCAGAGACACUUAUUGGAGAAUUUGCAGGAGUACACUGAGGGGCAGGGGAGCUGGUAAGGGUGGAGUUUCUGUAUUAAUUGGAAUGUCAGGAGCCAGAAGAACUUGGUAAAUAUUGUUAAUGUGACUCUGUUAUACAUGAGUUGGUAAAUCCUGUGUAUAUAUAGGAGAUAUAGUUAGUUACUUCUGGAGAUCUUCUGAGCUAUAGAUACUCUUUUCUUACGGACAUUGGAAUGAUGUAAUAACACUCCAGAUUACUGAUUGUUAAAUGUACUAGGCACUGUCCUAAACAGUUUUUGUGAUUAAAUCUUUGUAUCCAUUAUUAACACCAAUGACAGAACCGAGGCUUAAAAUGAUUGUAUAACUUGCUCAAGGUCCCGCAGUUUGAAAGUGGUAGACUCCCGCCUGGAUAUGUCUGACUACAGUGCUAUGGUCUUAACCAUUCUGCUAUAAAGUUUUCUUCUUGCUGCUGGACUAAACUUCUGGAGUAUAUUAUUCUCGGCCUCAAGUUUGGAAUCCCAGAUUGUUUUCUACCCCAGAGGAUUUGUUACUUUUGCCCAGGGAAUUCCCCAGGUUGAUUGACAUUUCCUGGGUAAGCCUAAACAACUUGAUGGUUUGAUACUUUUGUCUGGCCUGACCUGAAUUGAUUGACAUCUCAUGGGUAAUUGAGGAUUGGUUGCACUCUGGUCUAGUGAGGGAGGCCCCACCUUGUAACUGAUCAGGAUUGGGAUAUAUGAACAGUUGAAAUGGAGAGGUCUUAAAGUCCUCUUGGUUGAGAGAGAGAUGCCGACUAACCUGGGCUGGCAUAGAAGCAUAGCCGCGUGGGAGCCGAGUGGUCCCGAAGCUGCUACACUCACUAUGAGCUGGGCCUGUUAGUGAAGAGGUCUAUGAUGGGGAGACCUGAUGGCAGAGAGCAGCUAAGAGAGCUGAGCAAGCUGCUACACUGGCUAUGAACUGGGGUAGUUAGCAGCGAAAAUGCCGAUGGCAGAUAGCCUGAUGGCAGAGUGCCCGAUGGCACAGGCCCAACAGCAGAGAAGCCUGAUGGUGGAGACCUGUUGCUAGGAGAGCAGCAGAUGAGAAAGCUGAGUAAGCCGCUACAUGGGAUACGAGCUAGGCCAGUUAGUGGCAGAGAGUGUGGUACUGGGAUAAGAAUAUACAUACAGAUCAGUGGAAUAGAAUUGUAUCUAGAAAUAAACCAUACAUCUAUGGCCAGCUGACUUUUGGUAAGGGUGCCAAAUCUAUUCAGUGGGGGAAUGAAUAGUCUUCAACAAAUGGUGCUGGGACAACUGGAUCUCCACAUCCAAAAUAAUGAAGUUUGACCCAUGUCUCACACAAUACACAAAAAUUAAUUUAAAAUGUAUUAAUGACCUAAAUAUAAGAGCUAAAACCAUAAAACUCUUAGUAGGAAAUAUAAGGGUAAAGCUUCAGGACCUUAUUUUACAUAAUGGAUUCUUAGAUAAAAAAGCACAAGCAACAAGAGGAAGAAUAGAUGAACUGGAUUUCAUCAAAAUUAAAACUUAUGGGUGUCAAAGGACAUCAAGCAAGUGAAAAGACAACCUACAGAAUGGGAGAAAAUAUUUGGAAA